AUGCUUCGUGGUAGCACCACAGAGGAGAUGACCGUUGGCUCAGACACCUCGGGUACCUCAGACACAAGCACUCUGCCAUCGUCCAACUGCCGGCACAGCCGCGCUCAGUCCUGGUGGCGACAAGACACCGGGCCGCCGGCUCCUUUCCCAAUUCCAAACCGGUCAUGCCGCGCUAGUGCCGGUUCAUGUCCUGGAUCAACUGUCGCGGCUAGUACCGGCGUCCGGGAACGAACUCUGAGCGAGACACUCGCUAGACGAGACUUGGUCUGCUCUUCUGGAUCACCAUGGGCCAUCAGUGGUGGAAGUUCCAGUACUCCACACCUGAGGAGAACACCUCAGAGGGAGCUCAAUAUGACCACGUCCUCCUCUGCAACUUUGUGCCAUCCAUCCUCGGUGAUCGUGGCGGUGGUGGAGGGCAGAGGUUUAGCCAGAGGAGAGAUCGGCAUGUCCAGUAUCAACCUCAAUUCUCCUGAGCUGGUACUCUCACAGUUUGCAGACACUGGGACCUACGCAAAGGUAAUUACCAAACUCCAUACACUGAUGCCCCUUGAGAUUCUGAUGCCAGACACUGCUAGUGAGAAAGGCCAAGGGACCAAACUCUACAAUCUCAUCACAGAGAACUUCCCGUCGGUAGCAUUCACUGCCAUUCAGAGAAAGUACUUUAAUGAGAAGAAAGGCCUGGAGUACAUCCAGCAGCUCUGUGCUGCCGAGUUCAGCACUGUUGUAAUGGAAGUGCAGACCAAGUACUACUGCUUAGCAGCUGCUGCCUCUCUUCUUAAGUACUUUGAGUUCAUCCAGAACUGUGUCUACGCUCCUAAAUCUCUGAAAGUGAGCUUCACGGGUAGUGAGAAAACUGCCAUGAUCGACUCAGUUUCAGCCAGGAACCUGGAACUCGUGGUUAACAACAGGGAUCACAGGAGCGAUCACACACUGCUUGGCGUGUUGAACUACACUAAAUCGCCUGGUGGGGAGAGGAGGCUUCGCUCCAACAUUCUGGAGCCCCCGUUGGAUGCCGACACCAUUAAAACCCGACUGGACACCAUACAGGAGCUGCUGCAAGAUGAGGAACUCUUUUUUGGCCUGAAAAAUGCGAUUGCACACUUCUUGGAUAUAGAUCAGCUACUUUCUGCUCUGGUUCAGCUCCCCAAGCAAGACACGGUGGCGGUGGCCGAGGCGAAGAUAACGCACGUGAUCCAACUGAAACACACUCUAGAGCUGGUAGCACCCCUGAAGAUGGUGUUGAAGAAUGCUAAAACAGCCAUGCUGAAAGCGUGUUGCACUUCGCUAGAAGACAACAGGUUUGAGAGCAUUUUGGCUCAGAUCAAAACCGUAAUCAACGAUGACACCAGCUACAUGAAGGGCAGUCUGAAUAUGCGCACGCAGAAGUGCUACGCCGUGCGCCCCAAUGUCAGCGAGUUCCUGGACAUUGCGAGACGCGCCUAUACUGAGGUGGUGGAUGACAUCUCAGGACUGGUAGAUCAGCUGGGAGAAAAGUAUGAACUGCCCUUGCGAACAAGCUUUAGUACUGCCCGCGGGUUCUUCAUCCAGUUGAAGCUGGAGGGCGUGGUCUUGCCUGAUGGACAGCUACCAGGAGAGUUCAUUAAAGUAACUAGGCAGAAAAACAAUUACAGCUUCACCACUUUGGACCUGAUGAAGAUGAAUGAUCGCUGUGAUGAGGCCCUGAAGGAAAUAUUUCACAUGUCUUAUGUGGUGGUUUGCCGGUUACUAACUGGAGUGUAUGAGCAGAUCCACUGCUUGUAUAAGCUGUCCGAUGCCGAAUCCAUGCUGGACAUGUUGCUUUCCCUGGCCCAUGCUUGCACUGUCUCAGACUAUGUGCGGCCCGAGUUCACCGACACGCUGGCCAUAAAGCAAGGUCGUCAUCCAAUCCUGGAGCGCAUAACUGCACAGCAGGCCAUUUCUAACAAUAGCUACAUAUCUGAGGGAAGCAACUUCGUUAUAAUCACAGGACCCAACAUGAGUGGCAAAUCCACCUACCUCAAACAGGUGGCCCUCUGCCAAAUCAUGGCCCAGAUAGGGUCAUUUGUGCCUGCUGAGUAUGCCUCCUUCCGCAUUGCUGAUCAGAUAUUUACUCGAAUAGGAGUCGAUGAUGACUUUGAGACCAACUCUUCAACAUUUAUGGUUGAGAUGAAAGAGGUGUCCUACAUAAUACACAAUGCAAGUGACAGGUCCCUCAUUAUAAUUGACGAACUGGGACGUGGCACUAGCGCUGAGGAGGGUGUCGGAAUCUGCCACUCCAUUUGUGAAUUCCUCAUCAAUCUGAAGGCGUUUACUCUGUUCGCCACUCAUUUCCUGGAGCUGUGUCAGCUGGAGACUCUUUACCCCAACGUGGAGAACCAGCACAUGCAGGUGCAGCAUGUAUGCAGGGGCGACAGCGGCAAAGAGAGUGUCAUCUACACCUACCUGCUGACUCGAGGUUACUCCGAAGAGCGUAACUAUGGUAUAAGAGCAGCAGAGAUGACCUCCCUACCUCUCUCCAUCAUUGAGGAGGCCAAGUCUAUGGCAGCCAAAGUCAGUAAGAAGUUAUGGGCAAUGCAUCACAGUGAGCCGGGCAUGCUACGACAGAGGGCCGUGUAUCGGCUCGCCACCAGAUUGUUACAAACAGCCCGCAACUCCAGACUGGAUCCAGACAGCCUCCGUCUCUACUUAAAGGGUCUGAAGAGAAAUUAUGAGGCUGAGUUAAAGAACGCCUUCAUGUCUAUGGACACGGUGGAGUGAGCCCUGCUGUGUGUGUCGGAGCUCAGUUUAUGGAAAUGGACUGGGUGUCAGGAUUUGGGCGAGUAGCACUCACCAGGUUCUACAGGUGACUUGACGGAUGUCUGUAUAAACUGAGCAGGUCCAAAAUCACCAAGCUGUGUAUGAAUAAGACAUGAUUCAUACUGUUGGAAUUUUAAGAGGUUAAUGUGGUUUUGUUCUUUGGUGAUUUAAAAUGCUUUGUUGGUUUAUGUCAUCAACUGUACAGCUUCAUGUGUAGUUGAUGCUAAAUG